AUGAUGGAAGAAAUCUCCAUAACGGUGGCUUACGAUGCCCAUGUUUUUAGCCAGCUGUACGAUGAAGACUUUCUGGCCAAUCUGGUGGCAGUCAGUAAACCAAAAUCUGUGGUGCCAACAAAAAAGCUGAAGAAAUAUGAGAGAGAGUACCAAACGAUGCGAGAGAGUCAGCUGCAGCAGGAAGAUCCUAUGGACAGAUACAAGAGGGAGAACCGCAGGCUCCAGGAAGCAAGCAUGCGGCUGGAGCAGGAGAACGACGACCUUGCCCAUGAGCUUGUAACCAGCAAAAUUGCCUUACGGAAUGACCUGGACCAGGCUGAAGACAAAGCAGAUGUGUUGAACAAGGAACUUCUCCUGACCAAACAGAAACUAGUGGAGACUGAGGAAGAGAAACGGAAGCAGGAAGAGGAAACUGCUCAGCUGAAGGAAGUCUUCAGGAAGCAGAUCGAGAAGGCAGAAUCUGAGAUCAAGAAAACCACAGCCAUUAUUGCAGAGUACAAACAGAUUUGUUCGCAGCUGAGUACCAGGCUGGAAAAGCAACAGGCAGCCAGCAAAGAUGAACUGGAAGUUGUGAAGGGGAAAGUGAUGGCCUGCAAACACUGCAGUGAGAUUUUCAGUAAGGAGGGGGCACUGAAGCUGCCUGCAGUGAGCACGGAGAAUAAAGGCAUAGAAACGGAUGAUGAGAAGGAUGCACUGAAGAAGCAGCUGAGAGAGAUGGAGCUGGAACUCGCACAGACCAAACUGCAGCUUGUGGAAGCCAAGUGCAAAAUUCAGGAGCUGGAGCACCAGAGAGGAGCCCUUAUGAAUGAAAUCCAAGCUGCCAAAAACUCUUGGUUUAGCAAAACCCUGAACUCUAUCAAAACGGCGACAGGCACACAGCCACCACAGCAGCCUCAGCCACCCCUGCCACCCAGAGAGGGCAGCACAUAGUUCCAGCCAGAGCCAGAGCUACAAGAGCACAAAGAACAACACAACUCCAACCCUGAAGGGUUCUCCCAGUGGUCUCUCCUCUCGAGGAAAGGACAAAAGGCAGGAGUUCAGGCUUGAAGUGAAAUUCUCCGGUGUUUUUCAUUCAUUCUGAUGUGACCCUUUUCAAAAGGGGGGGGGGAAUAUUUCCUGUUUUAUGUUGAAUUCUUACUUCCCAAACUGCCUUGCUGAAAGCCACGUUCUGAUACCUUCAUACUUUUACACUUUAUUUUAUAUGACUAGAUGUUAAAUAAAUACUUC